AAUUUCGACCUUCCGAUCUCCAAACCUCUCUCUCUCUCUCCGCUUCCAUCAUCUUAGGAUCUCUCUCUCAAUCUCUCUUAUCUUGACUGAUCGAUUAGGGUUUUCGAGCUGAAUUCGCUACUCGUCCACCGCGAAGAAGCGUUUGCCUAGAUUCUAGGUUAGGUUUUUUUUUGGCGGAUCUAGCCAAGUCCUCCGUUGUUUUUCUUUUUCUCCAGCUACGGCGAAGCUUCACAUCUCCACUCCUCCCUCGCCACCAUGUUCUGGAAGCUCACAUCUCUUUCUGCGUCAUCUCCUGUGGAGACAAUUUUAGACAAAGAGAAUUUCACGUUGGAAGAGCUUCUUGAUGAGGAAGAGAUUAUUCAAGAAUGCAAGGCUUUGAAUAGCCGGCUCAUUAACUUUCUAAGGGAUAAAGCUCAAGUGGAACAAUUAUUGCGGUACAUUGUUGUAGAACCUCCACAGGAUGCUGAUAGUAAACGUGCUUUCAAGUUUCCAUUCAUCUCUUGUGAAAUAUUUACAUGUGAAAUUGAUGUUAUUCUAAAAACUUUGGUGGAGGACGAAGAGCUGAUGGACUUGCUUUUUUCCUUUCUGGAACCAAAUCGUCCUCAUAGUGCAUUGCUGGCAGGCUAUUUCAGCAAGGUUGUCAUUUGCCUUAUGAUCAGAAAGACUGCAGCGCUUAUGAAUUAUGUAAAAGGGCAUCAAAAUGUUUUCUGCCAGUUGGUUGAUUUGAUUGGGAUAACAUCCAUUAUGGAGGUUUUGGUUCGCCUGGUCGGGGCUGAUGAUCAUGUCUAUCCCAACUUUCUGGAUGUGAUGCAAUGGUUGGCCGAUAGCAAUUUACUUGAAAUGAUUGUGGAUAAACUGAAACCAUCUAAUCCUCCGGAGGUUCAGGCUAAUGCAGCAGAGACAUUAUGUGCUAUAUCUCGGAAUGCACCGUCAGCUUUAGCUACACAACUCUCUAGCCCUGGCUACGUUGCUAGGAUAUUUGGUCAUGCUCUUGAAGACUCACAUUCAAAAUCGAGUCUAGUUCAUUCACUUUCAGUAUGCACCUCUCUGUUGGAUCCGAGGAGAUCUGCUGCGUCGUCUUCUAUGUUCAAUUCUUAUAGAGGCCAACAUAUGUUCGAGUCUCCUGUCCCAGUUUCCCCGGAAACUAUUAGUGCCAUGCUGCCCAAACUCAGCGACUUGCUUAUGCUUCUUACUGUAGCAUCUGACAGCACAGUAUUGCCGACAACAUAUGGUGAACUUAGGCCUCCUCUUGGAAAGCAUCGUCUAAAGAUUGUGGAGUUCAUUGCAGUUUUGUUAAAAACUGGAAGUGAAGCUGCACAAAAUGAGUUGGUUAGUUCAGGAACUAUCAAAAGAACCCUUGAUCUGUUUUUCGAGUACCCAUACAAUAACGCUCUGCAUCAUCAAGUAGAGAGUAUAAUACUUUCUUGUUUGGAAAACAAGAGUGAUGUGAUGGUUAACCAUAUUCUUCGAGAAUGCAAUCUGAUUGGCAAAUUCCUCUCUUCAGACAGGGACUCAAACCUCUCAGGUGAUAGCCAGCCUACUGUAGCCGCCACCGGGAAGAAACCCCCUCGCGUCGGGUAUGUUGGACAUAUCACAAGAAUAUCAAAUAAAAUUAGUCAGUUGAGUAACAGCAAUGGCCAGAUAAAGACAUACCUUCAGGAAAACAGUGAAUGGAACGAGUGGCAAGGUAGUGUUCUGCAGGAGCGCAACACCGUUGAAAAUGUCAACAGAUGGGGAUGCGGGCGCCCAACUACUGUACAAGAUAGGACAAGAGAUAGUGAUGAGGAAGACCGGGAUUAUGAUGUUGCAGCUCUGGCCAAUAACUUAAGCCAAGCAUUUAGAUACAAAAUCUAUGGAACCGAUGACAAUGAAGAGGACCACAAUGCUCUUGAUAGAGACGAUGAUGAUGUUUACUUCGACGAUGAAUCCGCUGAAGUAGUAAUUUCAUCAUUAAGACUCGGGGAUGACCAAGGAAGCUUGUUUACAAACUCGAAUUGGUUCACAUUCCAAGACGACAGAUUCGGCAGCACACCCUCUGACACAGCGGGGUCGAAGACGAUAGAGGACAUGGAACUGAACAGAACCUUUAAUACCAACACUAGCAGUAGUGACGAUGACGAAGUUGUGGUUGGAGAAGAAGAAGAUAAUCUAAAUGGAAACACAAAAGACAAUGCAUUGAACACAACUGAAACUAAUUUCCAUAUGGAGAGUCCACUGGGUUUCUUCGACUUCAACACCUCAGAGAAAGCUGAGGAAGCUUUUGCCGAACAGCCACCCGAAUGGGUUGGGUGGGGAGAAUCAUCUGAUAUGCAAGUGAGUGGCACUGGUCUGAACCCAUUUAUCGAUGAUGAUGAUGAUGACAGCAAGAACAUAAUGAACCUUGACAUACCAAUGCCUGAGGUCAAAACCGAAUCCAUGAUUCCAAACGGGACAGACAGAUCGUUGUUUGAGAAGGACGUGGAGUUUGUGGGAGUGGAAGCAGAAGGGGCAGAGCAUGCAAUGGAGCAAGCGAUGAAAGAAGGGAUAGUAGGGGAAGCUGGAGCGAUGAAGAGGAACAAGGAGAUGGCUGAGGACACAAAGCCGGAGGAAAGUUCAGGAGUAGAGAAAGAGUUCAACGAUAACAACUACUGGAAAGUGGAUCAAGAAGUUAGAGUUUUGGAGUGAAAAAGUCAGCACCUUGUACAGUGUGAUUUUGUGUGAGUAAUGAAACAAAACUGGUUUUUAGUUGAUAUUUGGUGUAAGAGUCUUCGUCUUUGUGAAAAAAUGCGUGUUUUUCUCCUUUUCUCUGUUAUCAUACAUUUAGGCUUUUGUUGUCAGCUAGAGGAAGUUGUAUGUGCUCUUCAUUUACUUUGCCUACCACUAAGUUGUCCGUCGUCUUUAAGCUAUAUCUAUACUCUUGCAGUUUAGUUUUGCUUGAUGAACAUCAAUCAUA